AUUUAAAAAAAAGCUUCUAAUGGAUUUCCUUCAACAAAACAGUCCUAAUUUAGUCCAGUAUGGAGUGUUUCAUAGCUAUAGAUGAACACAUAUAAAGCCUGCAGUAAUUGAAGUUCAAAGAAGCGUGAAGCUCAUCAAUACGAUCGGAUCGACUCCCACACAGCAUCUCUUUUCACUGCAUCUCACCCACUCUGUGCGUGUCUGCCUCCCCUGUCUCCAUCCUUUUCUGCUCCACCCGAGCUGCUAUUAAGCUCCCUCACCUUAUUUAAGAUAUCUGCAUCUUACUCUUUAGAUUAUCGUCACCUCCACCCAUCCCUACUCUUUUUUUAAAUACUAUCAUAAAUUCCUAUAGUUUUAUCUUCUCUCUUCUGCCUCUGCUCACCAGAGGAAUGCAGCAUGAGGAAAACUGUGGCUCUUUGGCUGUUGAUACUCGCGACUCAGCUCGGCGUGUCAGUGCAGGGUCCACACCAGCGCUACUUGCUCAAGGAGCUUCUGAGGGAUUACAACCCGAUGGAAAGACCGGUGGCCAACGACUCCCAGGCCCUCACUGUGCACUUCUCCUAUACUCUAAUACAGGUCAUGGAUGUGGAUGAAAAGAACCAGAUCCUCACCACUAACGCCUGGCUGCAGAUGCAGUGGUAUGACCACUACCUGCAGUGGAACCAGUCAGAGUAUCCUGGAGUGAAGAACCUUCGUUUUAGCCCCGACCAGGUCUGGACACCUGAUAUAUUACUGUACAACAGCGCUCACGACAAGUUUGAUGCCACCUUUAAGACCAAUGUGCUGGUUAACUCCAGCGGCUUCUGUGAGUUUCUACCUCCAGGAAUAUUUGUCAGCACAUGUAAUGUGGAUGUGAGAUGGUUUCCAUUCGACAUUCAGCGCUGCGAGCUGAAGUUUGGUUCAUGGACUUUUGACGGCUGGCUGCUUGACAUCCAGAUGAAGGAGGCAGAUGUGUCGGGAUACAUGCCCAACGGAGAGUGGGACCUCAUGGAGGUUCCCGGAGGUCGUCAUGAGAUUUUUUACGACUGCUGUGCAGAGCCUUAUCCCGACGUUACAUUUGUGGUGACAUUACGAAGGAGGACUUUGUUUUAUGCACUGAACCUCCUUGUUCCAUGCGUACUCCUCUCCUCAAUGACUCUGCUGGUGUUCCUGCUCCCAGCCAACUCUGGGGAGAAGAUCAGCCUUGGCAUUACGGUUCUGCUCUCUCUGACGGUCUUCAUGCUGAUGGUGGCAGAGAUCAUGCCGGCCACUUCUGAUUCGGUGCCACUGAUUGGUCAGUACUUUGCCAGUACCAUGGUGAUUGUUGGGAUGUCAGUGGUGGCCACAGUCAUAGUCCUCCAGUUCCAUCAUCACACUCCGAACAGCGGACAAAUGCCACGUUGGGUGCACUUGGUUCUGCUGCAGUGGGUGCCCUGGUUUCUCCGGAUGAAGCGUCCCGGCGAGGGAGCAGAACCUACUCUCUCCAACAGCCAAGUAGACUCCCGUAGCAAGACCUUGUCCUCCCCAACAACCACCACUACCACCACCACCACCAUCCCCACCCCAGCCCCAUCCAUCCUCCCGCCCAGCCUCAGCUCCCUCCAGGCCAGCCUGGUGCAGCUGAGUCACCCUCUCUCAAACACACUUCAUCACAGGUCCAAUUCCCAGGCAGUGAUGCUCCCCAACCCAGGCCAUAGAGACCCGAGCCCCAAUCCACACCUUCAGCCUAAUGGCCACCUGCCCUACAUGGGCUUCCAGACCUCUGCAGACCUGGAACCACUGCAGAGGAGCAGAGUCAUCAAUCAUGGCAGGGAGAACUGUGGGCCUGUUGGAGGAGAAAGAGAUGGAGGCACAGCGGGGGGAGGAGGACCUGUUGGAGAUUUACCAAUACAUCACAACCUGCAAACUUCCAAACUUGGGAGUCCCCCUUUGGAGCCCCCAGCCGCUCCAGAGCCAGACUCAUCGACUGCGGCCCCCGUGCCGUGUGGCCUGGAGGCCGAGUGUGGGAGACCAGCUGCUCUACAUUCCCAGAGCGCCAUGAUCCGGUCUGCUGCAGUGGACAACCAGUUGCAGGCUCUUCUGGUGGACGUGCAGUUUUUGGUUGAACGCGUCCGCGAGCAGGAUCGCCAGGUCAGUCUGGCAGAGCAGUGGCAGUUCGCCGCCGCCAUCAUCGACCGCCUCUGCCUUGUUGGAUUCAGCGUUUUCAACAUCAUAUGCACCUUUGCCAUCCUCAUGGCUGCACCCAACUUUGGAAUAGCACUUUCAAAAGACUUCCUCUAAGAUGUGCAGACUAAAAAAUGUGGAGAAGGAAGCACAAUAAUUGUCAGAGACAGCAGAACAUUGAAAUAGUAGAUAUUUCUCAUGAUGUGUACAGUGGAGAGCAAAUAUUGGGUAAAAGUUAGGAUGUUACCCAACAAAACCAUUUUUAUUUAAACUAUAAGGAGUUGGGAGAGCAACAACAUUUAAUGUGACAACUACAAGGUCUGAUCUUUCACAAAACCUACAAAAAAUGUCCAAAUUUGUGUCCUGACUCCUUUGAACUGUUGACCAAAAAAUUACAUCUCAACCAUUUGCUUGUAUAAGAGUGCGACUUGCUUCCAGUUCUAUCAGAAUUAAGUCAGUUCAGUCACCAUUUUUUCACAAUAUUGUUGUCGCUAUGUUGGAAUCAGAAAUUGUAAGGAAGCAGUGAUAGACUGAACUUUAUACAUCGACUUAGUAAAUCUCUGUACUCUUCCUGGUAUUGUCUAAUUUUUGUUAUUUCUUACAUUGUAUAUUAGUUUGUCAUUGUGUGUAUACAAAAUAGCAUUCAAAAAGAGAAAGUUUGGCUUCCUGAAACACCAAAAUAGCCAGCACUCACAAAACACUACCAUGUGCUGUAUGAUCACAUGACUUCCUGAGGUGAAACAUAGUCAUUUUAGAACAUUUAAAAGCUGUUGAACAUUUAACCAAACUUUGAAGUGACUUUCAGACUACUGAUCUUCUCAGCAGAUGAUGAGGUGCCUCUGCCUUCUUCAUCGAGCGGUAGCAGAUAACGGUAACCUCACCUGUGUUGAGACGUUUAGGAAAAAGUAUCACGUCUCAGACUGAUUCUACCUGACACGGAAAAUUAGAUUAACAAAAAUGGAGAAACACUCUGCUGUGGAGUAAUUGAAACACAGCUAACAGGUCAUAAAGAUACUAAUAGUUAUAAUUAGAUAUCAUCGCAUAGCAUCACCAGGACUAUUCACACUUCAUUUUUUUCUAAAUACGUGCAGUGAAUUUUUUACUUGGCCGCACCGACCCGGAGGAAUGAUUAACAUUAACAUUAUGUUACAAUUCAGGUUAAUACACCAAAUGGUUCCCUCGUACGACCGUGUCUGUAGCUCACCAGGCUCUAUGUACAUAAAAGCUAACGAGACGUUAGCAUUGAAUACAUGCAACCAGUGGCAACAUUUAGCCUUGAAUGCUAUUAAAAUAUGUGCAGCAAUGUGUAUCUUGAAUGCACAUUUUAUGUGUCACCAACAGGAAUUUCCAUCAGCUUUUGAGCAGGUCACACGUGUGAAUAGCAUUAGCAAAUUAGCAAAUUGGAAUUUAAAUCCUUUUUGUAUUUUAUUUUGGAGUGUUUUGUUAGAAAGACAAACACUGCACCUAACAUCAUUUAUAGUGACUCUUGGUAGCUCCAAAAAACUCCUAAUACUUCACUAUUUCCACAUAAACAAUGAUCCACUACUCCAACCGGAAAUGAUGAGCGGUCAUAUACAGAAAGCAGAAGUAGGUUGUACAUAUAACUCAUUGAAUCAAAUGCUUCAAACUUUUAUUGAGGCUUCUGAUUGGUCAGUUUAUACCUUGAAUAACUUGGAAUACAGAAAAAAUAUAAUAAAAAAAAUAGUAUGAUGAUCAAAAAGGGCAGCAGAAAAAGAAUGGUUACAUUGACAGUUAUAUUGACAGAAUAAUAAAUAAUUAUUUCCCAAUUUCAGGUUUUUGGAACCAGUUCCUGUUUGGAACACGAGGAGUUAUUCAGUCCAGCUCUCCUAUACAGUCAGUGGUCUGGACUUAGAUAUUGCACCUUUUUACUCAUUUUAUCGUACUGCAUUGUACUGCUGCAUGAUCCAGUUUCUCAGCCAAGUUUUAUAUGACAGAAGACCUCGGGCUUUACUGAAAAAUUGACUUCAAAUGUACAAAUGGAGUCAGAUGUUAAAAAGUGGUUGCACUGCACCUGAAUAGUCUUUCCUCGUCCUCUAUAUGAGACAGAUGGAACAACUUCUACACAAUGCCUCUGUGCAAUAACCACCUCCUUCUUUAUGUUUGUCUGUGCAAAUUAAAUAGUUUCAGGUCUUUGAAAAUCCCUCUUUCUAGAGACAGAAGCUCAUUUUAUUGAUUUUUUUUUUCUUUUUCAAAACUUAGCAUGCUAAGUGCAGCCCGGAUGUUUUCAGCUGGGAACGCUGUCAUCUUUAUAGAAUAUUUUUCAUGCAGUGAUUACCUGUCUUACUGUGAAAUGAUGGACUCCAGGGUUUCUGCUUUAUAACCUGUCAUACGCUGAUGAAGUAUAACAGCUGUUCGUCUAAGAUCGCUGCUUUUGUCCCUACUUUGAAAGCAUAUAAAAUCAAACUUCCACAAGAUGAAUAAAUCAGAAGCUGUAAAUUAGCAGCAAACGGCUGUUAUUUUCUAGAACCUAUGAAGGCCAGAAGCGUCUUGUUUUUUAUCUUCUUUCAUUUGGUUUAGCUCACCUCACUGAGUUGUUUAUUGUGGAUGAGUUAUUGGUCCGUACUCGCUGUUUUUGUCUAAUCCAUUUAAACAUGAUCUAAUGGGUUUAAUUAUAAGUUUGCAGGACCUUCAUAGAUUAUCAUUCAUUUGAAUUCCAUAUCCUGGGUAGUCAAAAUCAUUUAGUCUUUACAAAGACCACAUUUACUUUCUUUUUUUCUUUUUUUUUUUUUACAAUUUAUACCUUUUUGCACAACUUAAUGCUCUAAAAGUGAAACGGAUAUCUUCUGUGAAAGCCUUUUUUUCUCUUUUUCUCCAUGGACAUCCAUUAAAGGGUCAGAUCUCCCACAGCUGAAGGGGAUUUCAUAGCAGAUCUAUAUUUAUCAUAUUUCUACUUUAGGAAAUAUUUUUUGGUAUUGGUAGAGAUAGAAAAGCAGUAUCCAUAAGAUUUUCUAUUAGGUAAGACAAACAUCGAUAAGCAUACAUAUAGUUAUUAAUCCUUUUCCUAAUAUAGAAUACAAUAGAACAGAAUAGAAUAGAAUAUCUUUAUUUCUGUAGCACUUUUCCCAGAAAGAAUGACAAAGUGCUGUACAAAAGGUGAAUGAAAUCAAAUUAAAACAGAGUUAAUAAAAUAAAUAAUAAAAUAAUAAAAGCUAAAAACAUAGUAAAACACAGCAAAAAAUAAUAAAAAUAAUUUUAAAAAAUAAAUUAUCAGAUAAAUCUUGUUCUGAACAGACUCUAUUUAAUUAUUUUCCCAGAUAUUGAAAAAUAAUCAAAUUAAAUGUAUUUCUCUUGAUUGUGUGCUUAUGCACGCUAUUUUUAAGCAUUUAUAGUUUUUUUUUAACCGAUAAUUUGAUACAACAUUUCCCAGGUGAUGAAUUGACAGAAUUUCACCGAAAACUCUUAUCCUUUCUUUCACAUCCUCCAGGGAUAAAUAAAUCAAGCAUUGUGUCGCCUCACUUGCCUUCCCCGUGAUCAAAGUUUGAGAACAAACGACGCAGAAGCAGAGGACAGGAAGAGGCUUGCAGGAAAAGGGCGACAGAGGUAAUGAGGUGCGGCGAUAAACGAAGCGGAAGGAGGGAUGGAUGGGGAGGGCUUUUCCAAAGGAAGGGGAUGCAGAAAAGUAGAGAUGAGAGAGAACGAUGUAAAAUAAAAAAAAAAUAAAAAA